AUUCCAAUGCCUGCUUGCUGGUAUUGGUGGAAACGGCGUAGAGAUUCAUUCAGCGUCACUUCCUGAUGUUGGAGCCAAGGACGUCAAUUUGUCAUGAGAUAUGUCUCAUUGUUUCUACACUCUUGAAUGUGGACAUGGAGAUGAGGAAGGACACGUUCUUUCGGGUAUCAACAGUUACCGACAAUCCCACAACGUACCAGCGCUAACAAAGCACGACAAAGCAGAUUGCCUAGCUGACGAAAUCGCAGACGAGAUGGAAAACCAACCAUGCCCUAGGGGCGGCAUUACACCCGGUCCAGCAUCUCAAUUUGCUCAGUACCCGAAACUCUUAGACAAGUGCGACAUAAACAUUAACACGACAACGGACGGCGUUAUCCUCCCGGUUUGUGUCCAUGAUCGUGUUGCGACCCUUGUGAUAACGAACUAUACUCAGUCUCAGCAUGCGAGGUACCUUAACAAUUCUAAGUACACUGGAGCUGGAAUUGGCACUGAGAAUGAUUGGACUGUCUUGGUCUUGACCACAAAUACUGUCGGUGGAAGCUUUGCUAGUGGAGCCACUAGCAUGAUUAGUCAUGUGUUUGGUUGUAGCCAUUAUUUGAUGUUCUUGUUGUUAGGUCUCUUCCAAUUUAAUUAUGUUCAUUAAUAUGACUGGUAGUUGGCCCUUGUAGUAUCUGUAUUGACUGUUCUUCUGUAUAUGUGUAUUGCAAGGCUUUAUGUGGAUCAAUCAUCGUGUGCGUUUUAAUUUAAUGUGAUAAUUAAGCAAUUUCUAGA